AUGAGUCGCUGGAACUGUUUGGACACACAUUCCAAGCGAAACCGGUCUGAGAGUGAAAGAUACGACAGUAAGUGUCGACACAAGUCAUCGCCGAAACGGUCCAUCGAUUGUCUCAUAUUUGUGUCAAUUCCGAGACAAACUCUUCGCUGGUCACUCAUGUCGUGGUUUAUGAUGAACACCACUCCAGAGGAAUAUCACCCGAAGUACUCAUUCGACAGAUUCGGUGACGACUUAUGCGAAGAGUUUUUAUCUUAUCUGCCGUUUGAGGACUCGUUUCUGAAGACAAUUGAUGUCCGCUUUGUCGAUGGGAACAACCCCUCGAGGAUCGGCCGGAUUUUGGCUGAAUAUGGCUCACAGUUGACGGCAAUACAGAUACCGCUGACAAGGCUUGACGUCUGGAGAGAUCACUGCCGGUCACUGACACGACUGAGACGACUGUCCGGUCAUAACUCUAUGAGUCUACUGUUCAACGAUAGCCAUGAGCUGAUGGUCACGACGCUGACCGACACGUCGUUGUAUUACUACGGCUAUCGAGACGGCCAUAGUUUGCCGCUAUUUGUCGAUCACUACAGGAAUCGGUUGAAGAGUUUGGAGUUACAGAUGAUUAAAGCGGAUACUCCCGAGGAAUAUAUUCAUGUCAUGACAUGUUUACCACAAUUGCAAGCAUUGCGUGAAUUGACACUUCAUUUCGGUGUCAACACUGAGGGAAACAUUCAGUCUAUAGUCGACUAUCACUGCAAAGAGUUUGUCUAUAAGUGGCCACAACUGCGGACAUAUCGACUGCACAUGAAGUUUGAAACGUUUGCACAGUUGAGACAAUUGUAUGAAUCUGUGAAUCGUAUGAAGUGUUUACGUGAACUAGAUUUAAGACUAAGUUUACGCGAUGUUAUGGCCGGAAAUACCGUACUCUUUACUCUACAAUAUGAGGGUUGA